AUGUCUUGUCAAAAAUUUCACAAGCACCAUGGCAAAAAUAUAACAUUGUUGGAGGAUGAGACUGUUGCCUACAGACAGCUUAGUUUCGCGCACGGAAUCACAUUCAGUGCCAAACCUUUGCAUCCCAGGGAAAUGUUCCUAAUUGAAGUAGAAAAAAAUGAACUAGGCUGGAGUGGUCAUUUAAGGAUUGGUCUAACUCAACUGGACCCCAAUGAUAAUUUUGAUUUGCCAUUUUAUGCUCUCCCAGAUUUAGUACAUGUCGAUGUUAAAAAAGAUAGUUGGAUAUUUGCAGUACCAGCAAUGCAUUGUCGAUUCAGUGAAGCAAAUCGUUACCAGCCAAGAUCUCAUGGUGAUGGAAAUGAUUCCACGUCAAGCAACUACGCGUCGUCAUCACCACAAACCCAUCUAAAUUCUGAUUCCAUCCUUGGAGAUGCAAAUGUGAUUCUUCCAACGGAUGUCGGUAGUCGAAUAGGCAUAAUGUACGUCGUAAAAGGAGACUUUGCGGAGAUGCAUUUUAUCCUAAAUGGUGAAGAUUUAGGCGCUUGGGCCAAGGAUAUCCUAUACAAAAAACAUCCUCUAUAUGCCGUUGUCGAUGUUUACGGUACGACUAAACAAGUCAAAGUCAUCCAGCUCUGCUGUGUUUCCUCUCUACAAAAUGCAUGUCGGAGAACGAUCUUGGCCUGUAUGAAUACGGACGACGACGUUGAUCUGCUACCUAUUCCGAACACCAUCAAAGAUUACCUCAAAUUUGCUGUCAUGUAA